GCUCGGUACACAGUGGGGAAAAUCCACAGACGCAGUACCUGCUUUCUAGACGCGACCAAAUUUGCGUGACCGAGGGGAUGCGAGCCCAGAUUAAACUCCAGAAGGUGCCAGCCCCGGACCCACCGCGAGGACCGCCCCCGCCUGCCCAGCGGCGCACGCGCAGUCAGCCGCCCGACUCGCGGGAGGCUGCGGUCGGGCCUCGGUGGGCGGGGCGAUGGAAGGAGCAGAGGCGUAGCCCGGCUGAGGGCCGGCGCGGGCUCGUCCUUCAAGAGCCGCGGGAGGGGACGACCGCUGAGCGCUUUAGGAGGCCGUUGCUUCUCCGAGUGGCUCUCUUUUGGGUUCGGUCGGGUGUCGGCAUGGCCCGCGGAAAUCAGCGAGAACUUGCCCGUCAGAAAAACAUGAAGAAAUCCCAGGAAAUUAGCAAGGGAAAAAGAAAAGAGGAUAGCUUGACGACCUCUCAGAGAAAGCAGAGGGACUCUGAGAUAAUGCAACAAAAGCAGAAGGCAGCUAAUGAGAAGAAGUCUAUGCAGACGAGAGAAAAAUGAUGACUAUUUGGAAAACCUGGGUGCUACUGCCAACAAGGUGUAUCAUAAGCUCUGAUUAAAAUUCCGUGGAGUAAGCAGUCCUAUGUUACAACAUGUCCUUACAAAACUAUUUAAACUUUACCUCUCAGCCUGACUUAGUGUGAUGUUUCAGAACCAUUCUUCAAAGAAUAAAACAAAAACUAUGCAUGAGA